CGCAGCCAGCCAGCGGCUACUACCCUUCGACGACCUACAGCAGCAGCAGCACGAGCAGGCUUCCAUCGACGACGACGACGACGACGACGACUAGCUAGCUUCUUCCGGACAGCUUCCGGCAUGUCGACGUUGUCGCCGGUGAGCGGGGCCGCGUCGCCGGAGGCGGAGGGUGGCGGGGGCAGGAAGUACAAGGGCGUGCGGCGGCGCAAGUGGGGCAAGUGGGUGUCGGAGAUCCGGCUGCCCAACAGCCGGGAGCGCAUCUGGCUGGGCUCCUAUGACGCGCCCGAGAAGGCCGCGCGCGCCUUCGACGCCGCCUUCGUCUGCCUCCGCGGGCCCGGCGCCGCCGGCGCGGACCUCAACUUCCCGGACUCGCCGCCCCCGCCGUGCCGCCACAGCGUCGACCCGCAGGAGGUGCAGGCGGCCGCGCUCUCCCACGCCAACCGCGCCGCCGUCUCGGUCAGGGAGGCGGCCGCGGCUCUCAUGGAGGACGACUGCUCGCGGGCGCCGGCCGCGCUGUCGACGGAGCAGUGGCCCGUGACGCAGCCGUCGUGGGCGCAGCAUGACAGCGGCAUGGACAUUUUCGGCGACGAGGUGGCGGCCGCGCCGGACGGCAGCAUGGACUGGCGCUCGGUCAUGGCGCACCAGCCGCCGCUCUUCUCGCCGACGGCCGGCUGGGGCAGCAAUGCGUACGACUUCCUGCAGGUGACGCCGCCGCCGACGCAGGGAGACGAGGACAUGGAGGAGUGUGGCCAUGGCGCCAGCGCUUCCCUGUGGAGCUUUGACUCCCGAGACUCCUACUUCAGAUACUAGUUCUCUUCUUCUUUUUACGGGUCUAUACAUCAUAGUAUAAACUAUAGUUAACAUACUUUCACUGCUGCAGUUAACCUAAAUGUGCAGAAUUUCAUCAGGGUGCAUUGCAAAGAGUAUUACAAUUGCAUUGCCUGUUUUAACACUGUCUACAGCCGCUCUCCCCCCGCCAUAUUUGUAUCUUGCAAGCGGAUAAUGCAAAAGUGAAGCUGAAAAAUUGUAUUGCCGCUUAAAGAAAAUAAAAGAAAAUGUAUAUGGAUGUACUACCAAGGUCACAGUCCCUUGUCUAAGUCAACAUCAUGAGCCGUCCUAUG